CGACAAGGCUGCUUCCGAGACAGGUAGGCGCCAAUCAUUGCACCUUGCCUCACCAUCAUACUGACUCAUCGCAGCUUCCCAAAGUCCGCAGUCACAGCACCGCCAGUCGUCAUCGCCGCAACUAAGGCAGGCACAGCAGGGAGGGGCAGGAGCCAUGCAGCAACCAUCACAAACCGUCUACGCUCAAGCGCCUGCUCCGAGCAACCCCAGGAUGACACUGCCUCCGACACCGCCCAUGCACCCAGAUGUAUCACACGACGGUACGCAGUCUCCCUCAGCUGCAUCAAAUCACUCUGCCGCAUCCGCGCCCUACUUCGUUGGCGGCUCGCUCAACAACAUGGAGCCGCACCAGCAACGCCAGUCCUUCUCAUCAAUGCCUCCAAUGAAGCGCGACUCACUGCAGUCGCACUCCAUGUCCCCCUACAGUACUUCCAUCUAUGGCCAGUCGCCGUAUCAGUCAUCACCAGGCGCUGCCUCUUCGACUUCAUUCUACUCGCCGGAACAGCACUCGUACAACAACAACACAGCAAUGUAUGCGCAACGCCCGCUGCCUUCCAACUUCCAGCCCCACUCGAUACCCCUGCCUGCUCCUGUACCCAGCCCGGCUUCGAACGGCUCCAACCCAUGGCAACACCAUCACUACAUUAGCACGUCUAGCCAGUCUCAGUUUCCCCAGUCCCAGGAUCGGUACAUCUGCUCGACUUGCAACAAGGCCUUCUCGCGGCCAAGCAGCCUACGCAUCCACAGUCACAGCCACACAGGCGAGAAGCCCUACAAGUGCCCGCAGCCUGGAUGUGGCAAAGCUUUCAGCGUGCGCAGCAACAUGAAGCGACACGAGCGAGGUUGCCACGCGGCUUCCAGCACCACCCUGACGACAUAACGAGCUAAAAGCCAUCACCAACCGUCUCACGCAAUCGGCCUGACAAGCCUCGACCUACCAUGUAGUGGUCUCUACCCACGAAAUGCUUUGUUCAGCCGCAUCUUGCCAACGAUACCAUUUUCACGCAUCGGCGUUUCGGGCGCUUUCCAUCGUGUCAUGCAUUUCACCGGAGUUUCUUUCCCGUGUCACCAACGAUAUCCUGUAUCGCUACCUACUGCGAUAAUGUACGCUACCUUCAGUCAACUUUAGUUUCUAGUCCGGUCAGCUGUUGGCUAUCGCAUCAAGGCGCAUGGCAUUAGUCCAACAAGCCGCCCUUAUUUUCUUGUAUUAUAGUAGGGAUCCUGCAUGAGCAAAUUCAAUGCUCCACCACGCGCCAAAACUGAUCAAAUCUAUACUGUCUACGAAAUCAAGUCACGUUCAUGC